CAAUUAAUAUCUCUAGAAAAAUCUGGUAUAAAAGCAUAGUGGGGCUUUUAUCUAUUCAGUUACAAACAGUUCUUCAAUGAAAAUCUUGUCGAUAUCCAUUCUGUUGGUGGUGGCGGUGGCAGCUAGUGAUGGGAGACUUAGGAGAAGUACUUCAAUAGUUGAUGCUACCACAAAUGAAAAACGCUCCAUAUUUCAACUCUGGGGGCAAAAGGCCAAAAACAGACCAAGACAGAGAUCAAAGAGAGGAAUAGUCGAUGCCACUUUGAAUGAAAGGCGCACCUUGUCCGAGCUCUGGGGACAAAAGGCCAAAAACAGACCAAACCAGAGAUCAAAGAGAGAUACAUCCAUCGCUAAUGCCUCUGUAAACGAUAGGCGCAGCUUGUUCGAACUCUGGGGACAAAAGGCCAAAAACAGACCAAGUCAAAGGUCAAAGAGAGAUACCUCCAUUGCUAAUGCAGCUGUGAAUGAAAGACGGAACUUGUCUGAACUCUGGGGUCAAAAAGCGAAGAACAGACCUAGCCAGAGAUCAAACGUAGAUCAAGAAACUCCAGUGAAAAGCAUCACUAGAGAUAGAAGAUAUGCUGAUGAUGAGUAUACAGAUGAUGAAUAUGAUCAAGAUCAGAGAGAAGAUAUUUGGAAAAUUGAGGAUGAAAAAUUGUCAAAAUUAGUGCACGUUGACCAUUCCUUUUAUUUCUCAGGAACUGAUCCAGUCUUUGUUGCUUAGUUUGUUCCAAACAAAUAUUUUGGAGUAGUUGGGGUCGAUAUUUUAGCAUACUUACAUCCUCUGGAACUGGAAGCACUUGCCAAAAUCUGUCCUAUAGAUGAUCAUGUAUUUUUAGCCGAGGUGUGAAAUAUUAUGUUUACCGUGUUACCAUCCUUCAUAUGUACUGUGUACAAGCCAUUUGACCAGCUACUUUUUCCAAAUCCUCGAACUUGCUCUCCGAUCAAGUUGAUAAAAUAAUUCAGAACAAAGAUUCCAUGUCGUUUUCUCGGAAGGAGUAUCGCCAGCAGGCAUAGAGCAUCUCAUAUUUAAUCAUAUGGGAAAGUUUUAGUGACUGUAACCUACUCUCCAAUUCUUUUGAUUCUCUGCAUCAAGAACUGAAGCGAUGCAAUGUUUUUUUUUGUUUGUGUUGUAUUUAUAGUUUUCUUAAUUAGAUGAUUCCAUUAUGAAAUUCUAAAUUUCAUAUUUAUUUUAUAAAUAAAGAUCUUAAAGGGAAA